CGGCGGCGCCAUCUGGUCCCCGCGCCGCGGCGAGGUGACGGGCCGCCCCUUCCCGACUGAGGAGGCCACGGCUGCCGGCCUGCCCUCCACGCGGCCGCGGCUCCGGCAUGGCCGGGAUCAUUAAGAAGCAGAUCCUGAAGCACCUGUCCCGGUUCACCAAGAAUCUUUCCCCAGACAAAAUCAAUUUGAGCACCUUGAAAGGAGAGGGUCAGCUGACCAACCUGGAGCUGGAUGAAGAGGUUCUGCAGAAUGUGCUGGAGCUGCCCACCUGGUUAGCCAUUACUCGGGUCUACUGCAACAGGGCCUCUAUCCGGAUCCAGUGGACAAAGUUGAAGACACACCCCAUUUGCUUGUGUCUGGAUAAGGUGGAGGUGGAAAUGAAGACAUGUGAGGAGCCUCGGCCCCCGAAUGGACAGUCUCCCAUUGCUCUUGCUUCAGGACAGAGUGAGUAUGGCUUUGCUGAGAAGGUGGUGGAAGGGAUGUUCAUCAUCGUCAAUUCUAUCACCGUCAAGAUUCACUCCAAGGCCUUCCACGCUUCUUUUGAAUUGUGGCAGCUCCAGGGCUACAGUGUCAACCCCAAUUGGCAGCAGAGUGACCUCCGCCUCACCCGCAUCACUGACCCCCACCGAGGAGAGGUUUUAACAUUUAAGGAAAUAACUUGGCAAACACUUCGCAUUGAGGCAGAUGCUACAGACAAUGGUGAUCAGGAUCCAGUUACCACUCCACUAAGGCUUAUUACCAACCAAGGCAGGAUCCAAAUAGCCCUCAAGAGAAGAACCAAAGAUUGCAAUGUGGUAGCCUCCAAGCUGAUGUUCCUGUUGGAUGACCUGCUGUGGGUGCUAACUGACUCACAGCUCAAAGCUAUGAUGAAGUAUGCAGAGUCGCUGAGUGAGGCCAUGGAGAAGUCAGCCCAGCAGAGAAAGAGCCUGGCCCCUGAACCUGUACAGAUCACCUCACCUGCUCCCAGUGCCCAGCAGUCCUGGGCCCAGGCAUUCAGUGGUGGCCAGGGCAGCAGCAACAGCAGCAGCAGUCGCCUCAGCCAGUAUUUUGAGAAAUUUGAUGUGAAAGAGUCUUCCUACCAUCUGCUCAUCUCCCGCCUGGAUCUGCACAUUUGCGAUGAUAGCCAGUCCCGAGAGCCAGGUGUCUCUGCAAACAGACUGACGGGUGGUGCAAUGCAGCUUACUUUCCGCAAGAUGGCAUUUGACUAUUACCCCUUCCACUGGGCAGGUGACAGCUGCAAACAUUGGGUACGGCACUGUGAGGCCAUGGAGACCCGAGGCCAGUGGGCCCAGAAGCUGGUGAUGGAGUUUCAGAGUAAAAUGGAGAAGUGGCAUGAGGAGAUGGGUUUCAAACCACCUUGGCAUCUGGGAGUAGAGUCUCCCUUCCAGAAGAAAGCAGAUUCUCUCUCCAGUCCUCGAAAGAACCCCCUUGAGAGAAGCCCCUCUCAGGGCCGACAGGCUCCCUUUUGGCCUCCAGCCUGGAAUCGUUUACGCUCUAGUUGCAUGGUAAUACGAGUGGAUGACUUGGACAUCCACCAGGUUUCUUCAGCUGGACAGCCAAGUAAGAAGCCAUCUACACUCCUCUCCUGCAGUCGGAAGCUUCACAACCUACCCACUAAGGUCUCUGCCAUUCAUAUUGAGUUCACAGAGUAUUACUUCCCCGAUAAUCAGGAGCUUCCAGUUCCCUGUCCCAAUCUCUACAUUCAGUUAAAUGGUCUGACAUUUACUAUGGAUCCUGUCAGCUUGCUCUGGGGAAACCUCUUCUGCCUGGAUUUAUAUCGCAGUUUAGAGCAGUUCAAAGCUAUCUACAAGCUGGAAGAUUCAAGCCAGAAAGAUGAACACUUGGAUAUCCGACUGGAUGCCUUCUGGUUGAAGGUUAGCUUCCCGCUGGAGAAGAGAGAGCAGGCUGGGUUGCAUCGUCCUCAGGCCCUCGUCUUUUCUGCGUCGGGCAUGACUGCCACCAAUACACGUCAUGCCCCACAUUGUAGUUGUCCAGACCUCCAAAGUCUCUUCCGAGGUUUUGCGGCUGCUGAGUUCUUUCAUUCCAAUUAUGUUCACUUUCCCAAGGUUCCAGGUGGCUUUAGCCUUCUGCACAUGCUUUUUUUACAUCAUGCUUUCCAGAUGGAUUCCCGACUCCCUCAACCCAGUACCCUCCCUCCCCAGAGGCUUAAGGCUUCCCAGGAUCUGUGGUCCAUCCACUUCACCCAGAUCUCAUUGGACUUUGAGGGAACAGAGAACUUCAAAGGUCAUACUUUGAAUUUCGUGGCCCCCUUCCCCUUGUCCAUUUGGGCCUGCCUACCCCUCCGCUGGCAGCAAGCUCAGGCACGGAAGCUCCUUUUGGCCACAGAAGGGAGGUUGAAACCAUCAGCUAGCUUUGGCAGUCCUGUCCAUUCUGAGGCCCUUGCCUCUGAUGCUGUGCCCCAUCAGCGGUCAAAGACUGAGCAUGAUUUGAAAAGCCUAUCAGGCCUCACAGAAGUCAUGGAUGUUUUGAAAGAAGACAGCCGUAGUGUGGACAACAAAGGGCCUCUGACUGAACUUGAGGAUGCAGCAGAUGUCCACAUGCUUGUACACUCCCCUGCACAUGUUCGUGUGAGGCUUGACCAUUACCAGUACUUGGCUCUACUCCGCCUGAAGGAGGUGCUACAAGGUCUUCAAGAACAGCUGACUAAGGAUACAGAGGCUAUGACUGGCUCCCCACUGCAGGACCAGACAGCUUGCAUUGGGGUCCUCUUCCCCAGUGCUGAGGUGGCUCUGCUCAUGCAUCCUGCCCCUGGGGCUGUUGAAGCUGACUCUGCAGGUUCAGAUACCACCAGUCUCAUUGAUUCAGAGCUGUCUCCUUCAGAGGAUAGGGAGCUGAAAUCUGAUGCCUCCUCAGACCAGGGCCUAGCAAGCCCUGAGAAGGUUCUGGAGGAUAGUGGCAUUGAAAAUUUAGAUGCAUCCCAUGACAGGUCAGUGCCUCUUCAUAGCAAUGAAAUACUACAGGAUUCAGAUUCUCUUGCACAGCAGGAGGCAGGGAAGGGCCAUGAAGCAGUCGAUUCCUUACAGGCGAAGAGACUGAGCAGAACCCAGACAUCCACCUCACCAGCUGUGGUGAAGCCUCCAUGUGGUAGGGAUACCGCUGUGAAUGGACAGGCAGAGCUCAAGCCCUUGAAGAACAUUGAGGGAGAAUUGUCAAGUGCUAUUCACAUGACCAAGGAUGCCACAAAGGAGGCCAUACAUGCCACUAUGGACCUUACCAAGGAAGCUGUAUCCAUGACUAAGGAUGCCUUCAGUCUGGGCAGAGACCGAAUGACCUCCACCAUGCACAAGAUGCUGUCACUGCCCCCAGCCAAGGAGCCCAUGGCCAAAAUAGAUGAGGGGGCAGUAGCACCAUUGAGUGGAGGAGCUGCCCGACUCCGAUUUUUCUCCAUGAAGAGGACAGUAUCUCAGCAGUCAUUUGAUGGCGCUUCAUUGGAUAACAGUGGUCCUGAAGACCGGAUUUCCGUGGACAGUGAUGGCAGUGAUAGCUUUGUGAUGUUCUUGGAGUCUGAGUCUGGUCCAGAAUUUCUUCCACCAGGAGCUCUUCCAAAUGACUUAGACAAUGCUGGAGUUCAAGGGAGCCCUGUUAUGGAGAGUUAUGGCCAGGGGUCACCAGAGGCCAACAGUUUGGUCUCACCCAGUGGAGAAGGCCUCAGCCCUCACCCGGUCUCCAUUCUGGUCCUGAAGGUGAAUGAAGUGUCUUUGGGGAUUGAGGUACGUGGUGAGGAUCUGACUGUAGCCCUGCAGGCAGAAGAACUGACCCUCCAACAGCUGGGAACCGUUGGACUCUGGCAAUUCCUGCAUGGACAGUGCUCAGGUACAAGUUUUCAGGAAUCCUCAACUUUGAAGACUAACCACAUCAGACCAGCUGUGGGCCUUCGCUUUGAGGUGGGGCCUGGUGCAGCUGUUCAUUCCUCACUGGCCACACAGAACGGCUUCCUGCAUUUCUUGCUUCAAGGCUGUGACCUUGAGCUGUUCACUUCGGUGCUCAAUGGCCUGGGGCCCUUCUUGGAGGAUGAGGAGAUCCCAGUGGUAGUUCCCAUGCAGAUUGAGCUCCUGCACUCCAGGAUCACCCUAAAGGAUGAUAUCCCCCCCAUCUAUCCAACAUCUCCAGGCCCUAUCCCCAUCACUCUAGCCAUGGAGCAUAUUGUGUUGAAGCGGAGUGAUGAUGGUGUGUUCCACAUAGGCGCUGCUCCUCAAGACAGACCAUCGGCUGAAGUCCAUAAAAUUGAGAAGAGCCAGCCCCCAAAAGAACAGAUGUUUCUGGUGCCCACAGAAGCUUUUGGACAGCAGGUGAAAGAAUUGCAUACCCUACAAAAGGAACUUACAGAAACUAAACAAGCAUUGGCCAAUGCCAACCAGGAUAAAGAAAGACUGCUUCAGGAGAUUAGGAAAUAUAAUCCCCUCUUUGAGCUGUGAUAACAGUGGCUCAGCCAUGUGUGCCAAGGGGAGAGGAGGAGGUCACCAGCAAUAGCACCACCUAUGACAGAAGGCAGCAGCCAGCACUGAAAUCUGCUAAGGAUGCCAGAGGGACUGGGGAGCACUCAACUCACUCCUCAUGCUGUCCUUCCUCCUAGCUGUUCUGAUCUGGGCGGAACACAGGGCAAAGAACGACUACGUUCUAAGGAAUGGGGGGCAGCUUUGCACGUGGCUCAAGCAUCAUGUCAUGCCUAUAUAAAGCCUUUUGGCCCUUUGCACACUAGGUGGAUCUGCUCAACACCAUAGGGCCAUUUCACCACUUGGUUUCAUGGCAGAGACAUUUGUUUCCUCUACAACCUGUGCGAACAAGAGAAAGUACCCACUCCUCAGUCACCCACAGAGCCACCAAAGAUUCUAUGUCCCAGAGCUUCCUGUAGCCGACCUGAAAAGUCUCUGGCCUGAGCUUUGGCCAUGGUAGUAGAGUGGAAUAGGAAAUAGCCAGCAGGGCAGGGGCUAGGAGAGGCACAGGAGUAAGGGAGACUUGGAAACUGCCUUUUUUGGGAAAGGAGCCAAGCUUAUACCAUCUUGGCUGAUACCGCAAUCACAUUUUUCAGGGUUAAGGUUCUUUUGUUAUACUAUAUCAUUGUGAUGCUAUGGUAGAAAGUAAACUAUGGUACUGGCUCAGUUGUGUCAUCUUACCUUUCUAUAACAUAAUUUAUUUGAAAAUUUAAAUCAAGAAAAAAAUACGAGCUAGGCUGAAGGUAUAAUGUGUAAGAAUCAUUAGGGGAGCUUGUCCUGAGCCCACUGUUGUCUGCUGGAGUGCUCUCUGUCUUCCACAGCUGUACUUCAGAAGUGAUUUCCUCUGUCUCCCUGGGCUCCCUGGCACAUCUGCUCUCCCAGUUCUGGGACUUUCUACCAGCACUCUCCUUUGCACUUGGCGGUUUGGGAGCUGAAAAUGUGUUUUAAACUGUAAUGUAAACAUCUCAACUUGUUGCCUCUCAUAACCCUCUAUCACUGUGGCUUUUUAAAAUCAUGUAAUUUUGGCUUAAGUAAAAAAACAAAACAAAACCCCUUCAACCUACCUAGGUUUUCUCCUUGCCCCAUGAAAGAGCUAUUUCCCCCCUUUCUUUCCUAUCUGAUUCUUCCCCAGCAUUCUACCUUCAUCCAUACUGCUCUGUAAUAUACUUCAACCUAUGUUUAUUGGACAGAAGUUCAUCAGCUAACUUACCUUGAAUUGGUAAGAUGGUAAAAUUAGUGAUUCGGUGGUGUCACAUAAGUCUUAAUCACAUGACAUAUUGGAGAAAGAGAAAUGUUUUCCUUUAUGGGAAAUCAUGCCUGACUUGCAUAUUCUAGUUUUUUGAGGAUAAAAAGAAACAUACAUCCAAGAAUGAACAAGAUACAAUUUUCUCAGACUGGUAAAGAACUUUUGUCAAGGUCUUCACUAAAGCAACUUUAAAAACACCAGUUACUAUGACAUACAGGAAUAUUUUGUCAUGCUUAGGAAACAACUUAGAGACUUAAGAAUAAACAUCUUUCUGGAGAUAAUGCUAACAGAGGAACAGAGGAAGUUUCCUGUGGGUUGAUGCUUAGUUUAACCUUAAGGUUUUUAUAAAUUACCUGAAAGUAGGAUAUUAUAAUGCAGUCAGUAAAGAUAAACCAGAAGGGAUUAAAAAAACAAAACAAAACCACAGAAGGCCCACAAGCCAAACUGUGACAACACAGGAAAAGGAUAGGUAAGGUUCAGUCUAGGGAAGUAUAAAGUAAUAGAAGAAUCAGCAAGGCAGCAAGCUGUUAGAACUCAGCACAGUAACCUAACCAUUGCUGAGGAGAAGGUGGGGUCAAUGUGCUGCUCUGGCUCAAAGCCCAAAUGAGUUAUCAGGAAGGGCUCACAGAGACAACACAGAAAAUAGGGCUUCAUAGAAAACCAUUUCAAUGGCUUAGAUUAUCUGUGCACUGAUAGUGACCUUAUUUAUAAAAUACGUGGUAAAGGGAGGAAAGGUCCAGAGAAUAGCAAAAAUUAUAAGGGGGUGGAGAUACUUCCACACAAGGACACGUGUAGAAUGUUGGCUCUGACUCUGGAAAGAUAAAAGUUGAGGGUAGUGUGAAAUCAGAUAUCCAGCUGAGAGGAAGGACAUGCUCACCAAGUCCUGAUAUACUAGCUCUGGGGCUUAGCCUCAUGGCCUUAGGUACAAGAAAGCACUUCUCAUAGUAAAUCAGAAACUUAAGUUGCUCAUUGUUCAGCAAGUGAUGCUGGCAGAGCUAUAUAUGAGUGGCGGAGGUUUUAGAGGAAUCCUUGUAUGGUGGCCUUCCAAAGGAAUCAUGGAAAACUAGUGCUAUUUGAUACACCACAACUGAGAGGGUAACUGUGUUCCUCUACGCACUCCCCCUUAAUGCUCCUUUGGAGGCAUAAUAUUGAACAAAAUGAUCACUGGUCCUCUCAGGUACGGCCUUUCUAAUGUUCUUAGAGGAGGCCUUGAGGAGGGAGAUCAGUGGCCGGAAAAUAGAAUCAUUCAAACUUAGACUCACCCGAAUUGGUUUUUUUAUUUUAUUAAAAAAGAUUUUAUUUACUUAUUCUUGAGACACACACACACACAGAUUGAGAGAGAGAGAGAGAGAGGCACAGACACAGGCAGAGGGAGAAGCAGGCUCCAUGCAGGGAGCCCAUCAUGGGACUCAAUCCAAGGUCUCCAGGAUCACACCCUGGGUGGAAGGCAGGCACUAAACUGCUGAGCCACCUGGGCUGCCCCCUGAAUUGGUUUAAAAUCACAUUCUGAUUCUCUUUCCCUUCCCUCCUCCCCCCACCUCCCCAGUGUCCCUCUGGUCCCUCUCGUAUCCCUCCAUGCAAAGAAAAUGCCUAAUGGGCAUUGCUUGAUAUAUCUUCACUUUAAGCCUGUGCUUGCUGAUAUGCAAUACAAGCAAAUCUGGCAAACAUCCAGGCGAAGCCCUUCAGUGGCCAGAGUUCAGUCAGGUUCCAGGUUCUCUGGAUUUCUUGUCCAUAUGAAGAGAUGGAGCUCUAGAAUUUCUGACUUUCCUAUGUGGCAUCCUUGGCCCUGUGUCUUGAAAUCCUCCUGCAGCAAAUGGUAGGGGUCAUUGUCUCAAUGCAUUUUAUUAACAAAUAUCUUGUAUAAUUUCAUACUCCUGUUUGUUGGAGGAAAUACGCAUAAUGAAGAAAUGUGAUCUGGUUGUUAGUCCUUAGGAUAGAUAUAAUGUAAAGGAAAAAAAAAAGAAAGGAAAACAGUAGUGCUUUGGACUGCUAUGAUUUCUGUCUUGGAGCUUUAAGACUCUGAACAAGAAAUAACAAUACCUCAAGAAAAUGUCUGGAGUGAUAGCACCACUAUCCCUCAAAGACCUCAGCUGCUGCACAUCACCAUUUCAGCUGUGAAGCAUUUACAACUAUAUAUCAUCUAUGAUUGUCAAGGUUUCCUGUUUACAUGGGUGUAUUGGAGAUAGGUGUUAGUGCAUAUGGACUAGUUUAAAUAUCUCUUAGCUGAGCUGCAGGGUGGUUAUUGAUCUCAAAUUUGUUUUCAACUCACUGGAAUAAUUAACCUCAUUUCUUUGACUUAAGUCCAAAGGAAUGGGUUCUAUUCUUGUGAUGGCUGCUUUUGCUGUUUUAUGUAAACUGACCCUCAUUUUGCCAUGGGCCUCAAAUUCUAUGUACCCUUUUCGUGGUUCUGAAAGGAAUGGUUUUUGUGUACAGAAUAUAUAUAAGGGAUAAACACUGCCCCUCAACAUACCCCAUAAUUUAAAUGCUUGCAUUUAGCUCAUUUACAUUAGUUCCCCCUUAGCCCAGUUCACCGGGGCAGUGGAAGGCAGGUAGUUUGAAGUAUUACCAUAGUGAUAUAGGAAUUUGCCAUUCUAAACCUUUACACUAAAGGUCUGUUUUUUUUAUCAUUUAAUACUCACCUAUACUUCUAAAAUCAGUUUUAGUAAUGUGACAACACUGUGGAAACAAAUGAACAUUGCUGAAGUGCUAAUAGACAUUUGGUUAUUUGUGAACUGCAAAAGCUGUCAUUACCUUGCGAUUUACCAUAGUCAUUGCUGUUUCAAGAGAAGCUGGUGUGCUGAAACAUCCUUUAGCGGACUACAGCCCUCACCUCGAUCUUCCCCCACCUUCUACUAGAGUAGGAAUAUUCCCAUUCUCUGGAUAGGUAUGGAUGGUAGCUCUUGUUGAGUGGGGAUUAUUUUCCCUAUCUUACAACAGACAUAAGGAGAAACACUCUAGGAGAAUCUUAUUGUUAGGUGGCUAGACUUGAGAUGUGACCUUUCUCCCUUAUUAUUUUUAAAUUUCAGCCUCAUCCAGUAUCUCAAAUUGCAAUAGAUACAGUUCUUAUAAUCGUUAAAAAAAUAAAUAAAAAUUCCUGUUAGAGCUGAGAGACUAUCUGCCUUUCCCCUCUCCAGUUUAUUAGUUUUCAGUCAAGAUUUAACCUGAGUCUUACAGCAUUUCUUUGUGGAAUGCCCCACUGAAAUGUCUUCUUCACUGGCUACAUGUAUGUUUAAAGACUGGUUUUAAUGUAAGAUACUAAAAGUCAGAUUUGCUCAACUUUGUGAGUCCAAGCUGUUUCCCCUCCAUCAGGGUGCUGAACAGAUUGACAUCUUUUAAGAUGUGCUCAGGAAAGCAUCAAAAGAGAACAGCUUUAAAACUCUUCUUCCUAUAACACUGAAUGACAGAGGAAAGAAUUCUUGGGGAUUGCCAAUUAUAUACAGUAAGUAGCCUUAUUACUGCUAAUCACUGUCAAUAAAAGGUCACUCCAUUCCCCCCUAUUUGAGGAAACCAAUGAGAAUGUAUCUAAUGAACUGGAAUACUGGUCAGUGUUGGGAAGUUUUAAUGUUGCAUUAUCUAAUCAAACCUUGAGCGUACUGGUUCUGUGAACCGCCUGAAAAAAGCAAAUUAAACUUACUAAACGUUG